GAGUUCAGUGACAACGCGGACGCAUACGCAUCGGGACCCUUACGCCAGCGGGCGCGCUUCUGGUUCGAAAACUACGAUACCCGAGUAGUGUAACGACAUCAAUAAUAUAUAGUGGCGUUGUCGUUGUCGUUAUAAUAUUCACAGUUACACCGCCAUCGGAGUGGUGGAGUUUACACAAGUACGGCCGUUGUUUUAACUAGACGUUUCGCACGAAAUCGUUGUGCGCCAAACCCAUUGACACCCGUCAUAAUAUGGUUAUGUAUACAAUGUUUUGUAAAAAAAGGCGGGACAACUCGGAAAUCGUGUUUCUACAUGCUAUCAUAUUUAGUCAAACGUUUGAUUAGCUUGCCAAACGCAGUUCUGAUCUGUUUUUUACAUGAUGUAAGAUAUAUAUCCUAAACACUGGAAUCAUGUCAGAGUACAUAGGGUUUGGUAGUUUACCGGACAUAGUACAUCGGAAAACUGUCAAAAAGGGGUUUGAGUUUACUCUGAUGGUAGUCGGUGAAUCUGGUUUAGGAAAAUCAACACUAAUAAAUACAUUAUUCCUGAGUGAUUUGUACAAGGAACGAAAUGAAUCUAGUUAUGAACCUCCACAGACCGCACAAAUCGAAAAGAAAACGUUGUGCAUUGAGGAACAAGGAGUAAAGUUGAGACUAACCGUUGUCGACACACCUGGUUUUGGUUCGUCUUUAAGCAGUGGCGAUUGCAUUCGAUCAUGCUGCGAGUAUGUGGACGAACAAUUUCGUGCAUAUUUCGCUGAAGAAAGUGGUAUUAUCAGAAAGAACAUAGUCGACAAUCGUGUACACUGUUGUCUUUAUUUUAUACCUAGUCACUGUCAUAGCCUGAGACCAAUAGAUGUAGAAUUCAUGCUCAAUAUUCACGAAAAAGUCAACGUCAUACCUAUCAUAAGCAAAGCGGAUAUGUUGACUGAAAAAGAAAAAAUACAAAUAAAACAACGAAUAAAUGAUUCUAUCAAGUCCCACGAAAUAAAGAUUUAUCAACUACCAGAUUGCGAUAGUGACGAAGACGAAGACUUCAAACAACAGGACAAAGAGUUGAAAGCAUGCUUACCGUUUGCUGUAGUUGGAAGUAAUACGGUUUUGGAAGUUAACGGAAAAAAAAUACGAGGAAGGCAAUAUGACUGGGGUAUAGUAGAAGUGGAUAACCCAGCCCAUAGCGAUUUCACUAAACUUCGGAAUAUGUUAAUAUCCACCCACAUGCCCGAUUUAAAAGAAGUCACUGAGGAUGUUCAUUAUGAAAAUUUCCGCACACAAUUGAUUUCAAAAAUAUCACAACAAGCAUUUAAAGACAGAGGAAAACUAAAAAGAGAUUCAAUACCAAAACUGCUACCAGCACUCGAUGAAACAGAUAUUUUAUUGAUUCAAAAAGAAGAAGAAAUCCGCCGCAUGCAAGAUAUCCUCGUCCAGAUGCAAGAUAAACUAAAGUCCAACAACGAAAAAAGCAAUCAUAACCUAUACUUAGCAGCUCAAAAAUCACUGGAAAACGAAAACAAAAAGAUUGAAAACGUUAUCAACGUUUAAUCUAAAAUAAUAAAAUAUUAUAGUAAGAUUUAAUAUUGUUUACAAUUAUAUAGUAAAGUCUUGUAUAUUAUAGGAAAUAUUGUAUUCAAUUGGUGUUUAACUUGAAAAAAUAUUUCUAUUUCUAUUUUACAUUUUUUUAUAAUAUCAUAAUAUUAUUUGGUUUAUUGCCUUUGAAUUCGUUGUCG